AUGGCCUCAGAGUCGCCCCAGCUGGAUGCUACUUCAUCCCAGGCGGGUUCAGGGGAGCAGAUCGCCACCACUCCCAUCGAUAGCGCCAAGAGAAAGGCGGAACAGACCAACGGAACCCAAACGCGCACCAAGCGGAAUCGCUACAUCUCCAUCGCCUGUAAUGAAUGCAAGCGUCGCAAGAUCAAGUGCAAUGGCCAGGUGCCUUGCCAGCGAUGUGGGCACCUCAAUUUAGAAUGUCGAUAUGCCCCCAAUUGCUGUAACAACAACUUUAAGGAAUCCGACGAGUUUCGGUCCAUGAAGGCCCAGAUCAACACCCUUCAGGAUCAAGUUAACAGCCUCUUCACGAAUCUGAAUGAUCUUCGUACUCAGCGAUCUUCAGUCGACUCUCCCAAUCUGGACGGAUUUUCGCAUGAUGGCUCUCACUCCGUCUUCACCCCGAUGCAUAGUCAUACGGGGCUAGCCAGACCGCGUGCCCGACAUCCUCGAUUCCAUGGCCCCACGAGCUCUGCUUUCAAUUUCGAUGUAGCCCGGUCGAGUCUUCAGAAUAUGGGCAUCGCGCCUGGAGAUGAAGUCAUCGCGGAUGAUUUGACCACGGCACAUGGUACGCCUGCUGCCUCACCUCCCCCGAUGGCUUCCUUUAUCCCUCCGGUUCAUCCCACCAAGGAUCCCAUUUGGGCCAUCAAGCGCGACGAAGCUCUGCGGCUCUGUCGCAUCUAUGAAGAAGAGAUCGGCAUCAUGUAUCCGCUGGUCGAGAUUGAGAAGGUGACCCAGCAAGCGAGUCUGCUGUACACGUUCAUGGAAGCAGCCACGCGGACCGGGUUCACCAAACGGGGAAUGCUCGGGUCGGAUGGCCUUCAGGAUGACGCGACUAACCUGCUCAAGAUGAUUAUCGCGACAACGCUGGUCGUUGAGGGAGGUGGUCAGAGCGAGCUUGGUCAGCGUCUAUUUCUGAGCGUGAAGCCCGUGAUUGAGUCCAAGCUGUGGGGUCCCUUGGACAUUAAAACCAUUCAGCUAUAUGGAAUGGUGGCAACGUAUCACUUUCAUACGGACGACGACGCUAUGGCUUAUCGCGUCAUUGGUCUCGCCGCGCGGAUGUGCCUUGAACUCGGGCUGCAUCGACGUGAUGCGCUGGUCAAGUCCUUUCCCGAGGAACAGUGGCCCGAAAUUGUCAAGAUAUUCUGGGCUAUCUAUAGUCUGGACCGGCGGUGGAGCCUCGGCACCGGGCUCCCGUUCGUUAUCCAAGACGAGGAUAUUGAUCCAAACCUUCCAGAGCCGGAUCCGUCGGUGCCGUAUUUAAGGAGUAUGGUUUCGUACAACCGCAUCAGCUCCAAGAUCUGGUAUUCCGGUCUUGGCUCGGAGGGCACCACCGACAUUCGCCGUGACGAAAUCGGGUACCUAGACUACCAGAUCCUUCAGUGGUACAAACAGGUUCCGGAUGCGCUGAAGUUCUAUCCGGUCGAGUCGCCCAAGCAUACGGAGACAGCUAGUCGGGGGAUCCGACGACUACGAGUACUCUUGUAUCUGCGCAUGAACCAACUCCGGAUUCUCAUCUACCGCCCGGUCCUGCACUCGGCCGCCAGCAUCGCAGAGGACAAGGGGCAUGCUCAGACUGUUGUCGAUGUCGCCAAAGAUACGGUCCGGGUCCUCACCCGGCUGAACCAGACGUCCGACAUCUACCGGACGCAACAGAUCACAUUCAACUAUUUCCUCGUGGCCGCUCUGGCCGUCCUUUUCUUAGCCGUGUGCCAUGCACCUGUGGAGUUCAACCGCCAGGUACGAGAUGAGUUCUACAUGGCACUUGACUUGGUCAACGGGUUCAGCACCAAAUCGUACGUGUCCAAACGACUAUGGAAGACCAUCAAGGGCCUCCGAAAGAUUGGCGAGGGGCUGGGUGUUCUGGUCCGGCCGUUCGGAUCAGACACCAACGACCCGCAUUCCACCGCGGCGGUUGCAAUGGCGGGUCUGGCCGGUCAUUCCAUCGAGGACCUGUCCAUGUAUGGGCCCAUGGAUGGGGCCGGUGAACUGGGGAAUAGUCCCCUGAACGGGCUACAGAUGAGCCACGAGCUCACCAAUCUGUUCGAGGCUGUCGGGGGCUUUGGCAAUCUGAUUGCUCCCAACACGGCGUCCGACGGGAUGAACGGGUUCGUUGGCCACGGCAGUGAGAUCCACAACACGGGGGAAGGGCUUUCGGGGGUCUUGGGAGAUGAGGGGGAGCUUUCUCGGGUGAUUCGCGAUCUGUUUUGA